AUGCAGUCCCUUCCACCACCGGCUCCCCAACCGCUUCCACACUCUUUGUAUGGUUCAUCUCAGCAGCGUCCUGCAGCAGACUGCUUCGCACCUGGCUUCCGUCCUGACGACGCCUUCGAUCCACAUACAUAUGCCUGCACGGUGAUCGGGUCAAGUUCGCCUUUGAGCGGUACAUCCUCCUUAGACAAUCGAUCCUCCCACUAUGAGGCCGCUGGCGGCGCCGCUCUGCAUUUCAAGAAGAGCUUUUACCGGUGCUGCGGAGUUACCUGGAACAACUGGCUCGAAUACAUGGAGCACGGUGACAAUGUGCACGCGAUGAUCAUCAUCCCGAAUGACGGCGACGCGUCUGCCUCUUUGGAGCGACUUCCUCGUUUGGAUAUUCAGGCCUUAGCGUUCCCCGGGCAACCACAGGACCUACGCUACGAAUCGGGAUCAGCUACCUAUGACUCUAGUUCACCCAAAGUCGGGAUGCGACCAGACGACACGCCGUUCUUUGUCACGUUACAACCCCCCCUCCAAGCCCUGCCCCAGGUGCAGGCGAGCACUUCCUAUGAGCUCCACGACCCAUUGCCUCGCUUAAUGGCUCAGGCUCGUUCCGCCGAUGCCGACUGCGAACCUCUACUUCCCUUGGCGUCGAACGACGUUCAGUCAACAUACACGAGCCGGACAGGUCCUCACGCGACAUCUCAUGAUCUUCUUUCCCCAAGGGGGUCUACAAGCGCAAUAGUGGCUCCUUUGGAUCGACCUGGUGCGACACAGGCCGAGCUGAAAUCCGAGACACCUCUUGCCCCUUUACUGUUCACAUCAAUCCCGCUGAAACAAUGUGCUAUCACUUCAGACGCGACGCCGCAUCCUCAGAACAAUAGCGAGGACGAGCUGAAGCUCAACGUGGUAUCAAGAGCUGCCCGAUCGGCAUCCACCUCAGGCACUCGACGAAGCCUUUCUCCCAAUGGUAUCAUACACCAGGAUGCCAGCGAAGCAUCCGACGCAUCGUCUGCUACUUCGGUCACGCCUUGUUCGGGGUCGCCUUUACUGUCAGCCAAACCCUUUCGCUGCCCCAAGCUGCACUGCAACAAGUCUUACAUGCGGUCAGCGGGCCUCAAGUAUCACAUUCUGCAAGGCUCCUGCUCCCACGGCCCGACAAGGGACUUCCAGACCGUCCAGGCGUUACUCGCGGAAAAGGGAGUUGCAGAGGAUGGCGCCCUCUCAGAGAGCGAUAGGCAUGAGGUCAAACGCGAACUGUUACGCCGACUCCGCCCCUUUGAAUGUUCUGUGGGCAACUGCACCCGCCGGUACAAGAACAUGAACGGCUUGCGCUAUCACUAUCGCCACUCUAGACAUGGCGCUGAGGGCAUGCGUCUCCUCGCAUCCGGAGACCAUCCCUGUCUUCAGCGUCAUACUAGUCGAGGAAGGCAGGCGGCUCAGUCGGCCGCUCAGGCCGCUCUCAGUGCUACAGACGCCGCAGACCCAUAA